AUGGUGGCUCAGACUCGGACGGCUGCUCAUCCAACUCCUCGCAAGUUAAAGUUCCAUGACAAACUCGUCGGAAAGGGCCUUUCUACAGACACCCUGCAGAAAAAGCUCAAGGCUCUUCAUGCCGAACUCGCGGAGAUGGACCAAGAGAAUGUGGAUGUCAGCUCCCUUUCGGCCGUCCGCAAGGAGCUCAUCAACACGUCCAUCCUGUUGCAUAAAGAUCGCGGCGUGAAAGCCUACACCGCCUGCUGCCUCGCUGAUCUACUACGACUGUACGCUCCGGACGCGCCCUAUACCCACAACGAGCUGCGCGACAUCUUUCAGUUCUUCUUCAGGCAGCUCUCCACUGGACUGAAAGGGCCCGAUUCACCCUAUUACAAUGAAUACUUCCACCUUCUCGAGUCUCUCUCGACUGUGAAAAGCGUCGUGCUCGUGUGCGACCUCCCAAACGCGGAUGAACUCAUGGUCGACGUCUUUCGUGAUUUUUUUGGCAUGGUCAGGCGCGAUCUCGCAAAGAAGAUUGAGCUCUUCAUGGCGGACAUCCUCAUCGCGCUCAUAGACGAAUGUCAGAGUCUUCCUGGCGACGUUCUCGAGUCUAUCAUGGCGCAAUUCAUGGAUAAGAAUACGGUGCGCCCACUAUCCUCACGCGGUUCUACCCCUAAUGGUUCAUCAGCGUAUGGAUCAGCCUGCAUAUCGUCUGGCCGUGCAAACAUUAUUGUAUCACAUUCUCGGGACGAGGAGUUCGACGAAGUCCAAACAGCUCACGAGCUGAUCAAACAGCUUAACCGGUCGUGCCCCUCCUUGUUGCACAAUGUGGUUCCGCAGCUCGAGGAGGAGCUUCGAGUCGAAGAGAAUCAGAUUCGGAUGAUGGCGACACAAGUCCUGGGUGAGAUGUUUGCGGACAAGGGCGGUACAGACUUUGUGAAGAAAUAUCCGACAACAUGGAAUAUCUGGCUACUCAGGAGGAAUGACAAGGCAGUUUCUGUGCGACUUACGUUUGUCGAGGCAAUGAAGGGCGUUCUCAUCAAUCUCCCGGAGCAACGGGAGGCAAUCGAAGGUGCACUUGACGCCAAACUCUAUGACCCAGACGAGAAGGUCCGCGCUGCCGUAUGCAAGCUAUUCUCUCAGCUCGACUAUGAAACAGCGUUACAUCACGUUUCAGAAGAUCAGCUACGGAGUGUCAUAGGUCGUGGUCUUGAUAAGAAACAUAUUGUUCGCGCUGAAGCCAUGGCUACCGCUGGUCGGUUGUACAGUCUGGCAUAUCCCGAAAUUGAAAACAAUGAUCCAGCCGCGGUCAAACAAUUUGCAUGGAUACCUGAGGCUGUUUUGCGCAUGGCGGUCGCUACCUCAGAGGUCAAGGCUGUAGUUGAGGAAGUGGUUGCUGAACACAUCUUGCCACUGCCUCCACCAAGUUCAACCACGAAAGUCAGUGACCCCGAUGAAGGAGCAUGGACGGAUCGACUAUUGCAUACGAUGAAAUACCUCGACGAACCUGCCACCAAUGUACUCUUGGGUCUUUCCGGUGUGAAGGGAACUGUUCGACCAAUAUACGAGAAGUUUGUGCAAUGUUGCAUCGAGAAUAAUGGAGGUGUUAUCGACGAAGAUGAAGAAGCGGUCGUCGAAAACUUGAACGUCGCAGUCAAGCGAGUGGCUUCCCAAUUUCCUGAACCGCAGAAAGUAGCAGAAGAUCUUCACGCAUUUGCCGAUCUGAACGAGGGUAGACUUUACAAACUCCUGAAGACGUGUAUGGAUACUCAAGUCGACCUUAAAAGUCUCAUCAAAUCUACCAAUGAAUUCCUUCGGAGACUUGAGCAAGCAUCUUCACCAAUCGUCCCCACAAUGGCCACCUUCGUCCGCCGCGCGAGCUUGCGAUUUGUGAACCAAUCGUCAAUACCUACACUUAUCAAGCGGGUCCAAAAAGGCGAUUCUUCCGGAGAUGGGUAUGGGUCCAGUCAAGCUGAGAUGUCCGCGCAUAACGCGCAGAUCUGGAUGAACUUCAUCUCAAAACACUGCCCGGCCAUCUAUCAGUCUCAUGUUGGCGAGUUGGCCAAAGCCAUUGCGGAUGAUAAGAACGCACGAUUGGUAGAAGUGUGCUUGCAAGCCCUCGCAGCAGUCGCAAGCUGGGACAAUAAGCUGGCCCCCAACGAUCGUCGCACGGCGGACAGAGUGAUGCGCUUCGUUCUGCAGUCGAAUAUUCGGCAUGCGAAGUUCUCCGCACGUCUCCUAACGUGCUUCAAGAAUGCUGAGGAACUUUGCGGACAAGUGGUGGACACAAUUGCUGAGGGGCUCCAGGAAGCUGAUCCUGAACUUGUUGCGGCUCACGUGGCGGUACUUGCACAGCUGGCCUUAAAGUCUCCAGAUGCCUUCGAGCAGAAAAGCGACGUUAUUAUGGCUUUUCUCCUGAAGCAGGUUUUGAUGCAGAAGUUAGAUCCCUCAGAUGAUAUAGAUAUGGAUCAGGAGUGGGUAGAAGACUCUGCCAUGUCGCCGGAGCUUAGGGCACAAGUCCUUGCACUCAAGGUUUGCCGUAAUAGGUGCCGCGCGCACGCAUCUACGGAGACAGCACUCGACAUUUCGAGACCGGUGCUUAAGAUGUUCGUCACGUUGUUACAGCAUAAUGGAUCCUUUACGGCGGAUGCCCCUGAUGAGACGAAAGGUCGUCUCAGACUACAGGCUGCAAUAUCCUUAUUGCACUUGGCAUGCUAUUCUGCAUAUGCAGAUGAGAUUGGAACCAAUUUUGUUUCAUUGGCCAUCACAGUGCAGGAUCCCUGUUAUCAAAUCCGAAUGACGUUUAUGGACAAGCUGGUUACGCUGCUUACAUCGCGCAAGAUACCACCUCAGUACAGCGUGAUUCCGUUUCUUUCAGUCCACGAUCCUGAAGCUGAUGUGAAGAAUCGGGCGAAGGCAUACGUCGUCACUGCAAUGCGUGGCAUGCCCAAAGCAAUCAGGCUGAAUUACUUCGAAACUGCGUUCAUACGCUUCCUCCACCUCCUAGCUCACCAUCCUGACUUUGCCGUAACAGAAGACAAUCUGCCUGAUAUCGCAAAGUACAUUGACUUUUACCUCGAUCUUGUCUUAUCUAUGGAAAACAUAUCUUUGUUGUUCCAUCUCUCUAUGAAGGCAAAGACCGUCCGAGACGCAGUGUCACAUGCAUAUAGCGAAAAUUUAUACGCAGUCAGCGAGCUGGCUCAGCAUCUUAUUAGAGCUCGCGCCAAAGUGCAUUCAUGGAGCUUAGAAAGCUAUCCCGGGAAGGUCCGCUUGCCAGCUGAUAUCUUGCGUCCUCUACCUAAUGCAGAGGCAGCAAAUGAGAUUCUCAAGACAGUAUACUUGCCUGAGAACACGCUAUCGUGGCUUUCAGAUCAACGGAAAGCCGCACAAGAGCCAAAGGAGAAAGCACGCACGGAACGGAAGACCACUGGAAAACGGAAAGCCGUCCCAAAGACAAACGGAAGCUCAAAGCGACCUCGAACAAGCGCGAAACGUCGAAAAGUAGAGGACACUGAUGAAGAUGAGGAGUCAUCACCAUCCGAAUCCAGUGAUGAGGAUGAACCAAAAUCUGCGCCUCCUUCGGAGCGUUCUGGAUCCGAAGCUCCUGCUGAGCAGUCAGAAACGGAAGAGAAAGAAGAGAAGUUGAGCCGGGGAGCCCGCACUAGGGCAAAGGCACGAAUAAAGCAGCAAAUCAAAAAACCAGUGAAACGGAGAACUAAACAUCAAUCGUCGGACGAUUAA